AUGUCUUCUUCCAAAUCAAAAUCCGCCCCCCUCAUCUCCUCCAAGCCCGUCUCCGACUCGGAUGACGACUCCGAGCUGGAGCUUGACUCGGUCCUAGAACAAGAACAAGAAGAGCAGAACCAGGAACAGCAACGGGAACACGACUCCGUCUCACUGCCCGACUCGCCACUGCUCGUCCCGGCCCAGACGCAGCCGAAAUGGCUUCGUCCCCCGCGAUGGUUCCGUCUCGACCGGAGCAGCCGGUGGACGCUCUGGUGGCGCCGCUCUCUCGCCUCAUUUGCUGACCUGGUGCGCCCUCGCCGGAGCUGGCGGUACGCAGCCUUUGUGCUCGUGUCCGUGUACGCCCUGCUGUGUCUCGUGCGUGGCGUGCCGCUGCUGGCCUCGCCGCUGCCGGCAUACUCGGGCCCUUACCAUGUCGGCGCCGUGGACGUCGAGGUUGCCCUUGAGAAGCCGCGGCUGGUGUCCGAGACCGUCUUCAGAGACACCGGCCGGCCGGCGUUUGAGCACAAGACGACGCUCUUCACCGUCUACUAUCCCGUCGACAAGAGUGUCAAGGAGCACCGGCGCAGACAUGACUGGAUUGCCAGGCCAAUCAGCCUGACGGCGGCUGGUUACGCAAAGUUCGCCCAUGUCGACAAUUUCAUCGUACGGCCGAUAUUCACCUUUGCGCUGUGGGCGAUUGCGGGCGGCAUCACGAUUCCCGCAAAGGUCGAUGCGCCGCUGCUUGGGGCGACAGAUGCCGAGCCGUUCCCCGUCAUGGUCUUUUCUCACGGCGAUGCCAGCUCCCGGACCGACUACACUCACUUUGUCGGCGAGCUGGCCAGUCGUGGAUACGUCGUCGCAGCUAUAGAGCACCGAGACGGGAGCUGUCCCGGGUCUCUUAUGAGGAUCAAGGGACAGGACGACAAGAAACUCCUCACCUUUAGAGAAGCAGAGCUGCUAUCCGAUCCUCCCAUGGACGCCGCCAGAUACAAGCGUGAACAGCUCGCCUUCCGAGAUGCCGAAAUCCUGGAGACGAUCAACAUCCUGCGCGCCAUCAACAGUGGCAAAGGCGACGACAUCUUCAGCCGCAACUCCCGUCUUGAAGGCUCCCACCUUGGCGACUGGGCUGGCCGCCUCGACUUUGGCAACCUCACCAUCGGUGGCCACUCGUUUGGUGCCACCGGCGCUCUCCAGGCCCUGAAGCACGCCCCCUCGGAGAUCAACCCUGCUGUCGGGGGCAUCAUCCUCGACCCAGGCAAGGCCAGCGGCCCUCUCAACGCCGUCAUCGAUGUGCCCCUCCUCAUCGUCCACUCAAACACCUGGUCCAAGCAAAGCAGCGUCUUCUAUGGCCGCCCGCACUUUGACACCGUCAAGGAGCUCGCCCUCAGCGUCUUGAACCGCAUCCCCAGCCACUCGUCCUGGUUCCUCACCAGCAUCGGCACCUCUCACCCCAGUGUCUCCGAUGCGCCCUUGAUCGAGCCCCUGCUGCUCAGCUGGACUACCGGCGCGACGCUCAACACCAAGGAGGCCCUGCGGGAGUACGUCCGCGUGACGGACGACUUUUGGCACUUUUUGCGCACGGGUGAGAUGAGGGGUGUCCUGGCUGAGAAGGUGACGCAUGAAGAAUACGGCACUUGGAUCAGCGAGGAGCGCAAGGACGAGUUUCCAAAGGCCAUGGCUCGGCUCUGGGAAGUUCACGUCAGCCCCGUAUCCUACGAAGACGAUAGCGAUGAUGAUGUUAAACAGUGA